AUGCCGCCGAUUUUUCUAUCUCUUUUUGUUAUUAAUUUAUUUAUUAUAUUUGCUAAAACUGAUAUAACAUGUAAGUAAAAAAAUCAUUCUAAAUCAUAUAUCGUUUAGAAAACAGCAGAAACUGAAAGUGUUGAAUUUGUCGAAGUUCGAAAUGAUGCGAUUCAUAUUCAAUGGUCUUUCGAUACAAAAACAUAUAAUAUUUCUCGUCAACGAUUAAUUGUAAUGGUUAUGAGAAGUUCGCAAGAAGCCGAAAAAUCAUCAACUGCUUAUGAAGUUGAAGGACAUGUUCGAGAUUAUACUUUUACUGGUUUAGUUGGAAAUACAACUUAUAGAUGUUCAGUAGAAGCAUUCAAUGGUACAUUUAGUAUUUGGUAUUCCAGCAAUAUGGCAACAACCAGUUUAGCAUGUAAGUUUGAUUUAUGAUUCUGAGAUAAAAAAAAAUGAAAUGUAUCUUGCAGCUCUCAGUUGGUUAUCUCCUCCUACUGAAUUAACUCUAACUGAUCGAAAAAACGAUUCGUUAGAAGUUUCAUGGAUACCACCAGUUGAAUUAGAAGGUCAUCAUAUAGUUCUCACUCAACAUCUCAUAAAAGUUUUCGAAAUUGUUGGAAAUGUUUCAAUGAAAAAACAAUCUAUAACUGUGCCAUUUCCAAGAUCUCGUGUGACUAUUGAUUUUCUGAAGCCUGCUACAGCAUAUAAUAUAACAGUAAAUGCUGGAACAAGUUAUGGUUAUGGUCAAUCAGUUUGGAGUGCUUUUGCAACUUUGGAUAAUGAUGAGAAUAAUUUUUUGAAAAUGCGUGGUCGAACACCAAAUUCAUUAACUGUUUGGUGGCCAUCGACGUGGUUGACAAAACCAACUUCAAAAUUCACGGUAUUUAGAAAUUUUUUCAUUUAUUGAAUUUUUGAAUUGGUUUUUCUUUCAGAUAAAAGUAAAGACACUUUAUUCGCCAACAGGAAUUUAUAAAGAAAUCGAGAAUUCAGCUGUUGGUGAACCUGGAAAAGCCAAUGAAUUUGCUAUCGAUAAUUUGAUGCCAUCUAGUGUUUAUAAUAUCACAAUAAUAACAACAGCUGCACAAUUAGAUGAUGAGGAGAAAAAAUGGACUCAAAAAAGAUGGAAAUCAGCAUGGGCUGUAUUUUCAACAAUGUCUCAAGGAGAAUAUGGAAUUGCAGAAGCGAGAAUUGUUGUUGAAACUGAUUUUGCAGUUUCAAUUAUUUUUCAAGCGUUGAAUUUACCUCAAAAAGAUAUCACUUAUCAAAUAAAAUAUAGUUUGAAAGAUCGAAAUUCGACAACUUUAACAGAAGAACUUGAUGACGAAAAGCUUCGAUGUCCACAAUUUGAAUGUCCGUGGAAAUGUGCUGUGAUUUUCAAUUUACCACAUCGACCAAGAGAAUAUACAUUUGAAGUUCGCGCUCGUGUUGAUGGUGUUUGGAAUAAAUGGUCGCCUGUUGUUCUUCGACAUUGGAGUAUUCUUGAAAGACAGUGUUCAACACAUCCACCAAGUGAAUUAGUGACACAUUUGAAUGAUUUAUCAAGACAACGAGAUAUUGAUGUUCAAAGUGCAAAUGUUGUGCAUUCACCAGGAGUUUGGAGAUAUUUAGUUGUUGUUGAUACAAGACCUCAUGAUAUUGCACCAAUUGAUAUUUCAAAAUUGGCUGAUAGAACAACUUCUGAAGCUGAUCAUGUUCCAUAUUAUGUUACAGCUGCUUUAACACCUCAAGAAGUAAAAAGAAAUGUUGAUUUCCGGUAUGUUUUUUUUUGACAAAUGUUUGAACUGGGUAUUCCGGAAGUGAUUCAUAUACCACAUGUUUAUGAGAUUUAUUAUCUACCAAAAUUUCGAAAAUACAAUAAAAAUAAAGAAAAAAAUUCUUUUAUCAAUUUUUUAGAUUCAUUUUUUGUUUCUAAAUUCAUAACAAAAAACAUAAAUGUGUUAAGCAUAUGAUCUCAGAAAAAUGUUUGCCGCCAUGCAACACACUUCUGCCCCCCAUGCACUCGUCUUUUUGCCGCCGUGCACGCAAGCCGGUCGCUAGGCGCACACAAACCGGCUGCACGGUGGCCGAUAUAACCAUGCACCCGUGCACAAACAGUGCAAUAGUAAUGCUGCACCCGUGCAACGAUAUUUUUAUUUUUUGAAUCCGGGCUUCCAGUAGGGCUUUCUCUAGGUAAAAAUCAACCAUUUAGCAAACAUAUAUGUAAAUUAGGAUUGUUUUAUUGAAUUUGAAUAUAAAUAGAGAAAGAAAAUUAGAACUUAGUCGGCGAUGGGAGACUUCGUUCUUCACUCGAUUUUCUCCGAUUUUCCUCGAAAAUCCAACAUUUGUGGCGAGAAAGUUGUUGUUGUUGUUGUUGUUGAGACUCUUUGACCAACCCAUAUCGAUCUGAAACAAAAAUAUGAAUGAUGAUGUAUUCAAAAUUAAACUAUGGUUUAUUCGGGACUCUAAAUAUUCGAUCAAACAAGUUUCCAUAGGUAUACCAAAGGGUUCUUUUCAUUUUAAAAUGAUCAAGAGGGCUAACUAUUGACUUUUCUCGUAAGAGAGUGGCUAACUGUGAAAUCCUGAACGUGGGAAAGACUUGGUUUUGGGGUUUAAAGUGUCUAGAACUUAGGAGAGAAUUCACGGGGAAAGCUGAAUUCGAGGUCAAAACUUUAGAAAAUUUGAAGUUACAAUUUUAGAAAAGACAUGUUAGAUUCCAAAUGUGAUACAUACAUUCAUAGAUAAAGUUGAACGCUUCUAAUUAGAUGUAUGAAUUAACUCAUACGUGAUCUGCCAGUCCAAGUUCGAAGGGAGGAGGUUAACUUCAAGUGCAUUUUCGAAAAUUGGACUUUUAACUUUGGAAAUUUUAUGCUUCUAGGGGUCAAGAAUCAACAAAAAAUCGGUUAGAGGGGUUAACUUUUCGAAACUAACUAGUUCAUGUAUAUUCUAGUGAAAAUACAGUUUGAUUCCAAACACCUCACCUUGAAGUUUGAAGAACCACUUUUUGUUAAAUUCUUUCCGAAUCCAAUAAACUUUGUUUGUUUCGAAUGUUUCCUCAUAACCAAGUUCCAGCGAAAACAGUAGAACAGAUCUAAAAUCGCACAUUAAAAGUCGAAAUCUCCCUAUCUAUCUCUACUCACCCAAUUCAACUGAAUUUACUGUACAUUUAAAAUACAGCCAUAUUUUAUUCUGUUUAUGCCACAUCAGUCAGUCAAUGUUUUGAAUUUCGAACAUUAACCAUAGCAGGAGAAGAAACUCCAUUUUCCCAACUUCCAAACAAUGUUUCUGUAAAGAAAAUUGUGAAUAACAACCGCGCAUGUAAUAAAUAUCAACUUUCAACUUCGAAAGUCAAGAAAAACACGAAAUGCAACUUCAAAAAUGAGAAAAAACUGUUAGAAAACCACAACAAUCAUCGGAAUGAUGACUUUCGAAAAAAUCGAUAUGAAAAAAUAGAGCCACGAUGCGGGAAGAAGGCCGCACGGCGGCAAACAUUUUUGCGAAAUAAAAAAAAAGUUGCACGGUUUGUGCACGGGUCGCCUUCUUCUUCGACCGAUGGAAACGCGCGGCAUGGGGGCAAGAUGAAUGCAGCAUCCUGGCAAAAGGCGAUAAUCCGGAUGCAUGGCGGCGGAAAUUUUUCUGAGGAGGACCAUCUAAACGAAUUACCAAAAUAAGAGGAGUAAGUAUAGAACUUUUGGAACUUUUUAAAUCUAAUUUCGAAAGGAUCCAAUGCAAAUAUUCAGCUAAUAUAAUAAUAGUGAUAAUAGAACAUCCAAUAACACAUUUUCUUAUUUUGAAUAAUCUUCGGGAUUGUAUAUUAUUUAGGGAUACUUUAAGAAGUUUCAAUUUUGAACGAACUUGAAAAGCAAGAAUUAUAUUGAUAGUUAGUGUAGUUAUUGCAAUUGUAAGAAUCAUAAAAUUCGUUAAAAUUUCAAGAUAAUGUUCUUGGCCAGUAUAAGCAGAACAUCCAGAAAGUAUAGAAAUUCCUCGCAAAAUCAGAAGUACAAUCUGAAAAUCAAUUUGUUUUCAAAAACCAAGCUGUGAAUUGUUAUUUACCCAUCCAAAUAUUAAUAUUUUAUUAAUUGUUGUCUUUUUUAUCAUAUUUCCUUUUGAUCCAUUUAUUAAUCUAUAUCUUAAAAUAGCCAUUAUAAGUAGCAUAACAGUUUUUGAAUCAAAAGCACUCCAGUGAAUCGAGAAAAAUAAUUUUUCGAGAAAUGUAUCUAGAAUUUUGUAAUAUUUUGUUCCGCCUGACAAUUAGACUCACAAAUUUUAAAAGUUCCUGUCUUUAUCAGCUGUUUGAUAAUAUUUUCUGGAAAAUAACCAUAAGUACAACUUUGUGUUAUGUUAGUGACAAGUUCGGAAAAUAUCGCAUGCAUCACAUAAACACGAUUCCAUUUUACUGAAAUAUCUUUUCAUUUGAUGAUAUUUAUUCUUUAAAAUAUACUAACCUCUAUCUUUUAUUAAUAAAAUAAUUACAAUACUGUUUGAAAAAUAACAGCAAAUAUUUGAAAGAAAACCAAUAAUUAGUAGAAAAAUAAUUGAGGAUUCCAUUGAAUGAGGUUUUGUUUUUUUUUUCUUUUAUCCUCUUUCAAUUUUAUUAUGAUUUAUUGACAUGUGCACAUAUUUUUGAUUAAUUUUAUAGACUCAUUUCGAGAUUGUGUAUUCAUAACAUGAAACAUGAAACCAUUCAAUAAAUCAGGAAUAUAUAAUUGAAUAAAUCCAAUUAUUUUCAAAAAAUUUGAAUCUGGCAUCGGAAUAUUUACGAAUAACAUAGUAUGAAUAUAUCGAACUAGUAAAAUUGAAGUUAUUAUGAAACAUCCAAUUAUCGAUUUCCUUUCUUGGACAAAAUUACGAUUUUUGAAUGUUUUGAUUGAUAAGUUGAUUUUUCUUGAUCUUCUUCGAAGUAUUAAAAUCAACGUGAGAUUUGCAAAAAAUGUCAAAACUGUUAUUCCAGCCAUUGUUUUGUCGAAAAUUCUCACUAAUUUCAUAGGAUAUUUUUCGAACGUUUGAUAGUUUUCGAUUAACAUUUUAUUCCAUUUGAAAUCAAACAACAAUUUGUAUUGAUCUUCAUAAAUAUAUAAUGAUCGAAAUGAAAUGACAGAUAUCUGCAAUAUUACAUUUUUCAGUGUAAGAACUUAGGCUAAUUACCCAAGUCAAGAUAAGCAAUGAAUGAAUUAAUUUCUCAUGGAUUUUUGGAGUUUGAGUUAAAAUCAAAUAUGAUCUGAAAAGGGCAAUUAAUAAAAGUAAUAUAAUUCUAACGUCAAAUGCACAUCUUGUAAUAAGAUCGGAGGAUUUAGAAAAGUAUGUCAUUUCAUAUUUAUCUGUAAUUUGAGAAAAACUGUUAUUUUCCUAUAUUUUGACACCUCACAUUGUUGGUUAUUUUUCGAAUAUUUGAAAAUCAUAACAUAUUCGUAAUCAAGAUGUUGUCUAAUUCCAAUAACCAACUCACAAAUCACCGCAUGAAUUAGAAAAGCUCGGUUUUUUAUUACUGAAAAUAGUUUUUUGUUGUAUCUGAAAGGAGAUUAUGAGACUAUUCACAUCUUUUUUUGAUUAGCAAAAUUAUAAUGAUAAAAUUUGUUAAAUAAGAAUAAAUAUGAAUCAGGAUAGAAGAGAUGAGGAAAAUAUACAUUUUGAAUUUCGAAAAAAUGACUAGUGUCAGUAGUCAACAGAAACAGAAACAAUUGUUAGAUUCGAGGAAAAAAUAAUAUUUAUUGGAUGGGUUUUUAUUUGUUUUUUUUUUCAAAUGGAAAACAAGAUAAUUUCAGAAUUGGUGAUGGGAAAAUUUAUGGUGGCUAUGUCAAUUAUCCACUCCGCUCUAAUAAAGAUCCCCGUUGGACACUUAUACCAGUAACAUCGAAGGAAAAUGGAAUAAUUGAGCCGCAACUCAAAGUUUGUGGAUUUGAAGAAAAUGGAGCAUUCAAAUGUGAUAUGGGAUUCUCUCAAGUUGUUGCACAACUUCCAGUCUCCUUCAUUUCUUUCAUAUUUUUCCUGCUGAUUCUCAUUUUAUUCAUUAUUUGCUUGGGAGCGUUUUGUUUUAUUCGAAGAUCUUGUCGUAAGUUUUUUUUUAAUUUUGGGAACUAGCAAGUAACUAUGACCUUACAAUUAAAUAAAAACACAUCAAACAACCUGCGGUUUUUAAGAAGAGAAACCUGGUGUCAAAGAAUCGGCAGUAAUGUAUUAUCGAACCGAUUCACCAAACACACUUUCAACUGUUCGAGAAUAUCGAAAAGUUGAGAAACGUGAAUUCAACGCAGCUGAUAUGGAAGAACGAAUGCGAUUCAUGGAACACGAUUAG